AGCAAUUUGCCAGUGUUGGUUAGUAGCAGUUGACUUGGCCAGCGGCGUAGUUGACGGCACCAGGCGGCCUGUAGGCAAUCUGCUAGGACCUUCCAUUUUUUUUCCCGCCAUUUGGUUGUGAGUAUCAGGGCCGAAGCCGGUGAGUGAGAAUGGGGGCAGGAGCGAGUAGUGAGGAGAAGCACUCCAGGGAGCUGGAGAAGAAGCUGAAGGAGGAUGCCGAGAAGGACGCCAGGACAGUCAAGCUGCUGCUGCUGGGUGCUGGAGAAUCAGGAAAAAGCACAAUUGUCAAACAGAUGAAAAUCAUCCAUCAAGAUGGUUACUCACUUGAAGAGAGUAUGGAGUUUGUCACCAUCAUCUACAGCAACACCUUGCAGUCCGCCAUGGCUAUUGUCAAGGCCAUGACGACCCUCAACAUUGGCUAUGGCGAUCCCGCUCAGCAGGACGACGCCCGGAAGCUCAUGCACUUGGCUGACACCAUAGAGGAGGGCUCCAUGCCCAAGGAGCUGGCAGAGAUCAUCAUCCGUCUCUGGAAGGAUUCUGGGAUCCAGGCGUGCUACGACAGAGCUUCCGAGUACCAGCUCAACGACUCAGCUGGAUACUACCUGAAGGACCUGGAGAGGCUAAUCCAGCCAGGGUACAUCCCCACCGAGCAGGACAUGCUGCGAUCAAGAGUGAAGACCACCGGUAUCAUCGAGACUCAGUUCGGAUUGAAAGAUCUGAACUUCAGGAUGUUUGACGUCGGAGGCCAGAGGUCUGAGAGGAAGAAAUGGAUCCACUGCUUUGAGGGGGUGACCUGCAUCAUCUUCAUCGCUGCUCUGAGCGCCUACGACAUGGUGCUGGUGGAGGACGAUGAAGUGAAUCGAAUGCAUGAGAGUCUUCACUUGUUCAACAGUAUCUGCAACCAUCGCUACUUUCGCACCACCUCUAUUGUACUCUUCCUCAACAAGAAAGAUGUCUUCACUGAGAAGAUCAAGAAGGCUCACCUCAGCAUGUGCUUCCCUGACUAUGAUGGCCCCAACACCUAUGAGGACGCCGGUAACUACAUCAAACUCCAGUUCCUGGACCUCAACUUGGCACGAGACGUCAAGGAGGUCUACUCGCACAUGACUUGUGCCACAGACACAGAGAACGUCAAGUUUGUGUUUGAUGCCGUAACUGACAUCAUCAUUAAAGAAAAUCUCAAGGACUGUGGUCUCUUCUAAGAGCCACGCUGAGCAUGGCCCGGAGCAGGGAGUUGGUCUAAUCUUGACCCAUCACUCCUAAGCUACCUAUAUUCAAUGUGUGGACAUUCACUCCUCAACCCAACAGGACAUCCAAUGAGAGCCAGGACAAGAAAUGGUCUCUGCAAACACUCAGACACACGCACCCAAAUGUACGCACGCAUACAUCUAUGAAUUUGAUCGUUCAAAAAUACACAUCAGUUUUUUGUCCAAAGACUACCACGGUAGUUUAAGACCAGUUGAAGUAACAAACCUAACCUAGGUGUGACCUGAGAGUUAGCGGAUACGCCCUGUACUGAUGUCCAUUACAAGUUGAUCUUAGUAAAGCUGUUACAUCACAACCUUCUGGAAUAGAAAUUCAUUUUCGUCGCAGUGCUAAGCAAACUGUAGUGGAGAUGUAGACGCUUCUGAUGGCAAACAGCGACAUGUCUUCUCAGGCCCAUCAGUGAGUGCAAGUGCGUCGUAAGGCAAACAUAUCUGAGCUCUAGUAAAGGCCCACAAAGCAAACCUGCUAACAGAAGAAGAAGGCCUCUCCCCACCUGCAUAUGCACUUCAACUUCUGUUACGACGCAGAGUCGUUCGUCAGCUAAAAGGCGUCGGACACGUAGAUGUCGCACACAUCUUAGAAAACACCGUUGUUUGUACAACUAGGAAUUCGAACGAGGAAUAAACGACAAGCGGGAGAAGACCUUUAUCGUGUCUCAUUGGGCCAGUUCUACUUACACGGUAGUUAGUGAAAUAUCACAGUGAGGAACCCUCCAGUGUUGUUCUGCUCCAUUGUUCAGUGACUGUGCUAAAGCAACAUUUUGAAAUAUGUGUUGCAAGGAAUUACAAACAUGUAGGCCUUUGAGCCCUGGAGUCUGUACAUAAAUGAAAAUUAUGAAAGAAGUCUGAAAUGAUCUUAUUAAAGCUUCCGUAGAAAAUUUAAAAA